AGAUGUGACUAUGUGAGAUAUUGCUGCAUGAGGUUUUUUUUUUUGUUGUUGUUGUUGUUUGUUUGUUUCAAUAUGUUGUGAAUUUUACCAAGUUGCCUUGUCGAGUAAUGUAAUAAAUAACACUACAGAUGGAAACACAUAGUGUACACGAGUUAUAUACGAACCAUCUGACAAGGAAAUGAAACCGAAAGAGCAAUGGGCGUUUCAUUCAUGAAUAUGGCUUCGAACUACCAAGAGGAUUCCGCUGAAGGCGGCGAUCAGCUUUCUGGUGAUAGUGGCUCAGAUUUCAGUGACACUGACACAGACUCUGAAGCAUCCACUGAUUCUGAUUCUGACACUGAAGAUACUCCACAAUCACCUAACCAGCGUAAUGUUUGCAAGUAUUACAACCGUGGUCAGUGCCGUUACGGGGAAAAGUGCAGGGACGAGCAUGUCUGCAGCAACUUUCUGAACAACUCAUGCAAAUAUGGCACCGGAUGUCGACUCAACCACAAUCGUCAGAGUCCUUCAUCAGGACAAGACAGGCAAAAAAGAACAAGACACUCACCUGCAGUUGCAGAGGAUGAAGAGUUUGAGGGGCCUUACAGAUGGCAGCUGAAUACUGGAAAAGGCUGGAAAAACAUUUCCAACGAUCAUAUCCUUGAAGCCCAGUAUUCACUUCCUAACACCAAAGGAAUCAAGAUUUACAACACCUCUGCUGGGGCUGUUUCGAUUGAUUUCAUUAAAAUGAGAGUUCUUAAGAAAACAAACAUUAAAGUUCGGCGUAUGAGCUCAAAAGACACAGAAUGGCUGUGGUAUUACAGAGGAAACCACUGCUGGUAUCGAUAUGGUGACAAGGGCAAAUCCAGGCCGAUUCAGAGCUCAAAACUGGAAACGGAGUUUCAGAAAGACCGCAAUGGUUCAGUUAAAUUGACCAUUGACUCUACACAGUAUGAGAUAUGCUUUAAAGGAAUGCGUCAGAGAAAUGUGUCUACAGGACAUAAGAGGACAAUCAGACGGCGUCCUAAAUACGAGCCCCCCAAUAGCGGAGGAUUACAUGCAUUAAGCUCCAGAAUGAAAAACAUGAUGACUCCUUCAACAAAUAAAACUCCAGAGUGGCAGUUUCAUGGGAGAGAUCAUUGGCAUACCUUCAAGAACACGGGUGGUUGUUCAGUCUCAAGUGCUGAUAUUGAGAGAUGUUUCAAAAAGAACCAAACUACCAUGAACUUUACUGUGAAUGAAGACAACUACACUCUGGAUUUUGGAAGGAUGCGUCAAAUAAACCAGAGAACAAAGGCUGAACGGAAGGUUAGACGUGUGUAAUAUGGAUCAGGGGCAAAAAUUCAGGAUCCAAAUUCCAAACUUUAUACAUUGAUUUUGAAUUUGAACGUUAGUGAUUAUAAUUUUAAAUGUUUCAUCUGCAAUCUUGUUUGGUAAACUGUAAUUCAUGUUUAAUUAGUUUCGAUAAACCUUAUUAUUAAUGUUUCUGAAAUGCUGCUUGCCAUAUCAUCUUGAAGAAAUGUAUGAAAGGUUUCUGAAUGACGUAUAACUUUGCUUUCUGUCUAACUUGAAGAAAAAUAAUUUUUGGCUAUGCUAUUAUUUUUAUUAUUACCUUGUGUCAUAUCAAUAUAUUCAUCAUGGUGAAUAUUUUUGCUAUUAUCUACAGAAAGUGCCUAAAAAUCUGUUUACGAAUUAGCUUGAGACAAUUUUUUUAACAGAUUUGUUACAAGCAUCAGGGUUACACGCAAUAAUGUGUGCAUAUCGAGCAUGCAAUAUCAUCUACAAUAGCAUUCACUGCAGCAUAAUUUUACAUUACAGUAUGUAAACCUUACAAUGAAUUAACAUAACAUGCAAUGACUAAGAAAAUAUUGUAGGUGAACCUGUUUUUCAUGCAGGUUUUUGCUUAUAAACUGAACUGUUUAAUUAAAGCUAAUAAAAACUAUGCAAGAGUU